CUUCUCUCUCUCUCUCUUUCUCUGAGGCGCGAUAGAAGAAAGGAAUCGAUUCAAAUCGAAGGAGCGAGCGGAGAGCGUUCCACUAAAGUGCGCAUGCCUGAAUAGAGGCCCUCGCCGGCGCCGAUCGACAACGGAGAUUCAAAUCGGAAGACUCCAUGGCCAAUUGGAUUUCCUCCAAACUUAAGGUCGCCGAGUCCUUUCUCCAACAGAUUGACCAGCAAGCGGCGGAAUCGUUAGGGAAGAACGAGAAGCCGCGAUCUGAGGAGUUGAGCCUUGAGUCCCAAAGGAGAAGCAAUGAAGUUGUGCCGUUGAAGGAUCAGCUGACGAAGAAGAAGAAGAACACGAAAACCACUGAAACAAUCGAUUUAGCGGGCAAAUUGCGCAGUGACCAUAACUUGAAUUUGGUUCCUGGUAACAGUGUUAGUAAUAGUCGACCAAAUAAGGAGGUUAGGGCAUCGGCUAUAAAUGUAAAAGUAAAGCCGUCUUUGAGCCCUUCGAAUCCCAAGUCUGGUCUUACCGACAGUGAUUGGACCGAAUUACUCAGUUCGCCGAGCCAACCAACAUCUCCAGUGGUGAGUCGCAACAAUGGAGUGUCUGGGGUUCGCGGGAUCCGGAAAGAUAGUCGGAGGCAGGGGAGUCUGGGUCCAAAUUUGCCAGCAUUGGAGGGGAAGAGAAACCAGAUGGGCCAAAAUACUCGUAGCAGGAGUUUGCAUAAAUCAGAGGAUUUGUUGGAAAAUGAUGUAAACGGCGGGAGGCAUAGUGAUGGGGAAAAUUCUCGGCUUAUGGACAUGAUGCAGAGAAAUUCAAAAGUUGAACUGGGAACUAAUGAAAAUUAUUCAGAAGGAAGACAAUUGGAUUUGAAUGGCGCAAGUUCAGAACCUGUAGUGGAGAAUAAAAAUGAGGCAGAUGUAGAAAGAAAUGGCUCGUCGGAAACAUUUGGGGUUAAGGACCAUUCACAAACUGAAGAUUCUUCAGUCGAUGCAUCCAUAAAAGCUACCGAUAAGGAACAUCCGGUGGAAGCGGCAUCAGUUUCUGUUGAUGGGGUUGCUGAUUUAAAGAUGGGGAUGGGUGAUGAUCACAGCAGAUCCAGGAGUUCGGUUGGGGGACUUACUGCAACCAAUGUAGGGCAGGGGAGUUCCACCUCGCUGAAAAGGGAGUCUCCUUCAGUAAGUGAUGGGGGGUCAGAUUCAGAGACUAGUUCCACGUCGAGCUCUGAUUCAGAAAGCCAGCGCGAGAGGGAGGAAAGGAAACAGAGGAGGGCACAGAUCCUUGCUGAGAAAGCAGCAGCAAAGGCUGUGGAGGCUGUAAAAGAGCGGGAAAAUGUGGUUGCUAGAUUGGAGGGGGAGAAACAGAGCUUAGAGAAAAUAGUUGAAGAACGGGCCAAACAGCAAGCGCGAGAGGCAUCUGAACUGCAGAACUCAAUGAUGGAAAUGAUGGAGGCUGCUGAACUGGAGAAGCAAAAGCAUAACAAUACUAGAAUGGAGGUCCUUGCACGAUUGGCUAAACUUGAGACUGCAAAUGCUGAUCUUGCUAGAUCACUUGCUACUGCACAAUGGAAACUGGAAGUAGAGAUUAAUCGGUUGGCUGAACUUCGACAACAAAUUGAGUUGAAAGAAGCAAGCCAUGAAGAAAUCAGGAGGAAGAUAUCAGCUACUCAUGAUACUGGGAGCCAAUUAGUUGCAUCAAAGGGAGUGUUAUUUGAACGUGAGAUACUCGAGACAGAGUUGUCUUUUGUAACUGAGAAAAUUGGAAGAUUGCAAGAGAAGGCAAAGACAUUGGAAGCCAAUAUUGAAAUGACCAGGAAAGAUAUGGAAAAUCCAACUGAAGUGGAAUUUGAGCUCAAAAGAAGACUUGGUCAGCUGACUGAUCAUUUGAUUCGAAAACAAGCUCAGGUUGAGGCACUGUCUUCCGAGAAAGCCACACUGCUGUUUAGAAUCGAGGCUGUUUCAAGGUUAUUGGAUGAAAACAAAGCUGCGCUAAAUGGUACCGAUAUCCCCAGUGCUUCUUCAUCGAGGGAUGAUAUCGAAUCAGCAACAUGGGAAUUCCCCGACACAAAAUUAGGUCCGCUGUUUGACGGGAGAAUCCGAUCUGGUCGGGAACAUUUAGGAUCAUUGGUUCGGCAGUUGGAUUCCGUUUUUUGUGCAGGCUCUGUAUUUCUGAGAAGAAACUCAUCUGCAAGGCUGUGGUCUCUUGUUUACCUGGUUUGCCUCCAUUUAUGGGUGAUCUACAUUAUAAUGUCGCACUCCCCAAUCGCAGAUGAGACAACUUCAGGUGCAGUUUUCUCCUUAGAGAACAUCAAUAAAACAACUGGGGGGGUCUGAUCUUUUUUUCUAAUGCCUGUUGUCGGUUGUCUAUUGUUUUUACCUCGUGUAUUUGCUGAGGUGUUUGCCUGGGAUGUAAUAUUGCAGUUUUCCCCAGCUUAUGAACACAUUGGAUAACUGUAUUUACUUGUCCAUGUGAAGAGGAAGUAAUAGUCAGUAUAACUAGGUAGAAUUUAGAAAUGCACUAAUUUUAUUGUUUU